AUGUUCCACACGUUUCAGUCGUCGUCCGGCAUGCGCUCGCCGGGUGUCGACAGUGACAGUCCUGGCAAACCAUCCCGGCCACCAGGCUCGCGACGCAUAUCCACAAGUAACGCCUGUGUCGAAUGCAGACGACGCAAGAUCCGUUGCGACGGCCUGCAACCAUGCGGCCAGUGCCAGUGGUACCAGCACCCGGAGGCAUGCGGCUACUCGAAGCCUGCACAAAGAGUUGUGCCCAGCAGAAAGCUGGUCGAUAAGCUUUCCAACAACAUUGAACAGUACAAGAGCGUGCUCACCAAGCUCUAUGGAGUGAAGAACCUUGAGUCGCUGGCCAACCUUCCGCGCGAAGAGCUGCUGCAACUGGCCCUAUCCUCUGCAGCAACAAACUCGACCACAUCGCCGCCCUCAGCAGCAGACUCGCAGCAGGCCUUGUCCGAUGUACAAGUAGGUUCUGACGCAGCCGAGAGUUUAGAGGCGCUCGAGCAAGCCCCACCUGAAGACCCUUACUGGGACGAGGCACGGAAGCACCAGCUGCGAGUCCAGGGCAUUUCUGAUGAUGUCAACGGUCUUUCCAUGUCGGUCGACAAGCUGUCGUCUUAUGUUGGCAUAUCUUCCAUCACAGCCGCCCUCAAGGUUAUAGUGCGAUGCGCACCGCAGGCACGCUCGCUUAUUGCACAUCACAAUCAGGAGACGACCCUGCCCAGCCGUGCGGGCUCUCCGCCGCCGGAACUGGUAGAUAAUCGGCCAGACGCAUUACCACCCCCUGAGCAUGGCCAAGAGCUGGUGGAAAGCUACUUUGGUCGCGUACACCCCUUUUUUCCAUUGAUCGAUGAACGCAAGUUUUGGUUCACCUUUUCAUACGGCAACCGCAAAGACUCGGCAUGGCUGGCACUGCUGAACAUGGUCUUUGCCCUGGGGUCGCUUGCGUCGCGGGGUGCAGACAACGAGGCACAUCUCAUGUACUUCAACCGAUCGCGAAAGCACUUGACCUUGGAGUCAUUUGGGAGCGGCAAUCUCGAGGUGCUCCAGGCCUUGGCCAUCAUGAGCGGAUUCUACAUGCACUACCUGAACCGCCCGAAUGAAGCACACUCACUUAUGGGCGCAACGCUUCGUAUGGCGACCUCACUAGGCCUACAUCGCGAGUAUUCUGAAAGGAAGGAUGCGAGCAUACAAUCCACGACGCCCAGUGACGAGGACUCCAUCUCGCCUGAAAUGAGGCGCCGCAUAUGGUGGAGUCUCUUCUGUCUUGAUUCGUGGGCAUCCACCACCACCGGCCGGCCUUCACUGGGGCGUAUGGGUCCCUCGAUUACCGUCUUGAGGCCUGGGACGGCGGCAAAUUCUGCACAGGCCAUACCGCCACCCACCAGCCCUCAUUAUAUCGAACAACUCAAGAUUCUUCCGCUCAUCUACACCUCUGCGUUUUGCCAGAUAGCUACCAGGAUACAGGACCGUCUUGUGGAAUGCCCGCUUCUCUCCGCUACCGAGACGGCCAACUACGACGCUCAGCUGAUCAAAUGGCAUGAAGAGCUGCCUUCCAUCAUUUCCAAUACCAGCGAGCCAUGUCCGGAAUUCCUACGCCGAACCCGACUGGUGAUGAAGUGGCGUCACCAGAACAUUCGUGUUAUCCUCCACCGACCGUUUCUGCUUACCACAGCACUGUGGCGCUUGCCGUGGGCUAGUCUAAGCGCAGAGGAGAAGGUUGCAGUCCGAAAGUGCCGCCUUAUUGCCGCCAAGACGAUUGAAGACAUUAGUCGCGAGUGCAUGCCCGAUCUCAUUUCCUGUUGGAACGGAGUUUGGUUCUGCUUCCAGGCCUGCAUGGUUCCUCUGGUAUCACUGUUUAGCGACGCCAGCAUACCCGAAGAAGCCGAAAAGUGGAAAGCCAGCAUCGAGACAGCACUGACGUUUUUCGAGACGGCCAAGGACUGGAGCAUUGCGUCCAAGCGAAGCGGCGACGUUGUCACACGGCUGUAUGCAGCAUACAAGACGCAAGCUUCGACGGCAUGCCAUCAGUCACAAUCGGUGGUGUCGCCGAUUGGGUAUGCUCAGCAGCAGAGUCAAGCACAGGUACAUGGUUACUUUGGUGUCCCCAGCACUCACGCGCCCCCGAUGAUCAAUACGGAUGCCGGCGCGUACACACAGCAACACGCAGCCAUGUACGGUCACUACAAUCCUGCAACGCCAACGUGGGCCAACUCGCGAACGGACCCGACUAUUCUAAACAACCUGUGGGACGACAUGAUGUGGGAUACAAACCUGCCGGACAUGCUCGAGACGCCUUUUGGGCUGGGCAACGAAUACGAGUUCUCGAGUACAGGACAGGACUCUGGACCCGCUGGGGCAUGUUGGAUGCAUGGACAUUGA